ACGAAACAUUUGGGAAACAAAAAAUUCGAAGAGGAAGGGAAGGUCUAAAAGACCUUUUCAUUUUUACUUUAGAAUGGUUCGAUAAACCUCAAAGCUUUGACUAGGAGUAAUAUAUAGUUCAUCAAGAAUCUACUAUCAAAAGAUAGCCUUUUUCUUCUACAAUGGURCAGUCUUGACGAAGGUUGAUUGUCUGUGCCUUAGCGCACGAGGCUUUUUGAAAAGCAUUUAGUUUUCUUCUAGUUUAUGGGAAUUUGCUUCACGAACAUAAGCUAACGGUGRACAUUUGAUCUCAUCAAAAGACACGAGGAACCUUUUUUAUCGAUAAGAAAAACAACAAAGGGCUAAAGACUUUCUUCAAUAGUUUCAAACACUAACUGGAGCGGUUUUGUUGAGCAUAAAGCUUCUCCUUAGAAACAACAACUCAAAGCUUKUCGUCCKGAGCUGAAUUUGCCUUUGGUGGAUUUCAUCAAACAUUCAAUAUGGUAGAUGUAGAUCCAGAUACGCUUUUAGAAUGGCUGAAUAUGGGGCAGGGAGACGAACGGGAUAUGCAACUCAUAGCACUGGAGCAAUUGUGUAUGUUGCUUCUUAUGUCUGACAACAUAGAUCGGUGUUUUGAAAGUUGYCCUCCCAGAGCGUUUCUUCCAGCGUUAUGUAGAGUAUUCCUAGAUGAAUGUGCUCCUGAGAAUGUCUUAGAAGUAACUGCAAGAGCUAUUACAUACUAUCUCGAUGUAUCAGCUGAAUGUACUAGGCGUAUAGUUGCUGUUGAAGGMGCUGUCAAGGCCUUGUGUAAUAGACUAGUGGUGGUUGAAUUGUCCUCAAGAACAAGCAAAGAUUUAGGUGAACAAUGUGUUAAGGUACUUGAACUUAUCUGUACCAGAGAAGCUGGUGCAGUGUUUGAAGCAGGAGGCUUACAGUGUGCCAUGACCUUCAUUAGAGAGUUUGGGAAUGCUGUACAUAAGGAUACUCUUCAUUCUGCCAUGAAUGUUGUCUCUCGUCUUUGUGGGAAAAUGGAGCCACAAGAUCCAAAUCUUGAAACUUGUGUUAAAUCGUUAUCAACAUUACUUAAGCAUGAAGAUCCUUAUGUAUCAGAUGGUGCUCUUAGAUGUUUUGCUUCUCUUGCUGACCGCUUUACACGACGAGGAACUGAUCCUGAACCAUUAGCUCAGCAUGGCUUGACAAAAGAGCUGCUUGAGAGAUUAUCCAAUGCUGCAGGACCAAACUUAGACARGAGUGGAUCUGCUAGUGCAACACCUGAUUCUAAAAAUAACAGUACUUCAGUAUCAACCAUUGUUAGUUUAUUAUCAACAUUAUGCAGAGGAUCACCUGUCAUCACCCAUGAUCUUUUGAGAUCAGAGCUUCCAGAAGCUAUAGAGAAAGCUCUUCAGGGUGACGAGAGAUGCAUCUUAGAUACCAUGCGAUUGGUGGACCUUCUUUUAGUUCUCCUCUUUGAAGGCCGUCAAGCAUUACCAAAGUCUUGUGUAUCAAUACCCAGAGGAAGUGGAUCAGGAAUUAGACGUUUUGACAGCUCMAAUGAGAGAUCUCAUAGACAGCUUAUUGAUUGUAUUAGAAGCAAGGAUACUGAUGCUUUAAUAGAUGCUAUUGAAAAUGGUGGAUUUGAGGUCAAUUUCAUGGAUGAUGUUGGACAAACUCUCUUAAACUGGGCGUCAGCUUUUGGAACACUAGAAAUGGUCUGGUACCUUUGUGAUAAAGGUGCUGACGUAAAUCGUGGUCAAAGAUCGUCAUCUUUACAUUAUGCAGCCUGUUUUGGCAGACCAGCUGUUGCCAAGACUCUCCUGCGUUAUGGAGCAAACCCUGACCUACGUGAUGAGGAUGGCAAAACACCAAUGGACAAAGCCAGAGAAAGGAGUGAUGAAGGCCAUAGAGAAGUUGUUCAUAUUUUACAAUCUCCUGGAGAGUGGAUGGCCAGUUCAACAACAGCCACACAAGCMACCCCUUCCACUUCAGCAGACACAGAAGAUGGUGGACCAACAGAUGACAAAAAAGAAGAAGCAAAUGAAAAGGAGAAAGAGGAGGCAGAGGACGUCAAGGGUGACCCCGAGAUGGCCCCUGUGUAUCUUAAGAUCCUCUUACCUGUGUUGACUAGGAAUUACUUAUCAACCAUGAUGCCAUCAAUUAGGAAAGCAACUCUGUCUCUUAUCCGUAAGAUGAUCCACUACGCUUCACAUGAACUGUUAAAAGACUUAGCACAAAUYCCUAAUCUUGCUUCAUUGAUUGUUGAAGUGUUAGCUAUGGUUUUGGAUCACGAGGAGGAUGACGAUGGCCACCUAGUAGCUCUCCAAGUAAUCCAAGAUAUUUGUGAGAACAGCCUGGAUGAUUUUGUUAGUCAYUUUGCAAGACUAGGAGUCAUAAACCAUGUAUCAGAGCUGGCAGGAUUACGGGAAGAGACUCGUGAAGAAGAGGAUGAACAGCAGAAAUCAAAAACUGAUAAGGAUGAAGAAUCUAUACUAGAAGAUGCUAGUGAUUUAGAGCAAGGYAGACCCUACCAUUGGAAUGACUGGUGUAUUGUACGCAGCAGAGAUUGCUUGUAUUUGUGGAAUGAGUCAUGUGCAAUAGAAUUGUCCAAUGGAAGYAAUGGAUGGUUUAGAUUUAUAUUGGAUGGAAAAUUGGCUACAAUGUAUUCUAGUGGCAGUCCUGAAGGUGGUUCAGACUCAUCAGAAAGCAGAGGUGAGUUCYUAGAAAAACUCCAGCGUGCYAGAGGACAAGUCAAACAUGGUACACCCAGCCAGCCACUCCUCUCGUCCCCAGGCCCUGCAAGGUUAUCCAUAGGCAACUGGUCUCUGACCUGCUCUAAAGAAAAAGAAAUCUCCAUCAACAACUCUGACGGACAGCAGGCCACCAUAUUACGYGAGGAUUUAGCAGGGUUUAUUUUUGAAUCCAACCGUGGAACUAAGCAUACAUUUAGUGCUGAGACAUCACUGGGUCCUGAGUUUGCUGCAGGYUGGUCUGGGAAGAGAGGAAAGAGGUUUGUUUCAAAGGUCGAAGCGCAAAAACAGAAAGUGAAAAGUUUGGCAUCGGAGAUCCAGGACAAGUACCUUCUUGCUGCUCAAGCAAGUCCAAGAGAAGUUGUCUCAAGGUUGCACGAUAUUGUGGAGCAUUUGAAUGCUGCUUGUCUCUCACAAGAAAACAAGAUCAUGGGCAAUAAUGGUGAUGGAAAGUGGAAGGACAUGAUGUACAGAUCUCUACAACAACUCCUACAGCUCCUUAAAGAAGACAAUACAGUAUCUUCCUAUGAGCUGCAAACCACAGGACUUGUCACUGCUCUGUUGAACUGUCUGAAUGUGGCUGACAGUACGCAAGAAUUAAAGGUCAAAAUGGUCGCAAAUAGAAUCCAUGUAUUUAAGCAAGCAUUUGGUGAAACUGAAGAAGCUUUAAACACAGAAAGCCUUCAAGAACUAACUCCUGCAACUAUUCUUGUGAAAAAGCUUGUUGCUGUGUUGGAAUCAGUUGAAAAGUUGCCUGUGUACACAUAUGACUGCCCUGGAUCAGGAUUACAGGUACUGACCAAAAGACUGAGGUUCCAACUGGAAAGAGCYCCAGGAGAGACAUCCUUGAUUGACAGAAGUGGACGCACACUUAAGAUGGAACCAUUAACAACUGUGGGUGCACUGGAACACUAUCUCCUUAAAAUGGUUGCAAAGCAGUGGUAUGACUAUGAUCGCUCUACUUUCAACUUCAUCCGUCGUAUCAAAAGUGGUCAAAAGAUAACAAUGUCACAUACCAGGGACUUUGAUGAAAAUGGAAUCCUGUACUGGAUUGGUACCMAUGGCAAGACUGUYACUGACUGGACGAAUCCUUCAUCUGUUGGGUUAGUUGUUGUUAGUUCUUCAGAAGGAAAGACUCUUCCAUAUGGAAAGCUAGAGGAUAUCCUGAGUAGAGACUCCGCUGCGCUAAACUGUCAUACCAAUGAUGAUAAGAAUUCCUGGUUUUCCAUUGAUCUUGGUAUGUGGGUUCGUCCKUCCUGUUACACCUUACGGCAUGCAAGGGGUUAUGGAAGGUCUGCAYUGAGAAACUGGUUAUUCCAAGCCAGUAAAGACGGCAAGAAUUGGRUAACACUUUAYACUCAUACCGAUGACACGGCGCUUAACGAGCCAGGGACGAGGAAGGCUGGCGACAUUUCCGUUUACAGCAAGCAGGAAAGAAUGCCAGCGGCCAAACUCAUUACCUAUCGCUAUCAGGACUUGAGAUAUAUGGAACUAUUCUUGGCGCUGUUGAAGAGGCUCUUGCAACUGAGCAACCAUCAAAAACACUACAAGACUCGCAAAGCCGAUCUCURAAACCCUGUUGGUCGCUAUAUCCAGGAAAACCCCGGGACGUAGAUCCCUCACCUAGACGGCAACGUCGACUCGUCCGAUCCCAAAUGCUUAGGAACCUUAGAGUGGGCAGUAAAGUUGUACGUGGAAGGGACUGGAAGUGGAAAGACCAGGAUGGCUCCAUUCCUGGAGAAGGGAUGGUCACCUCUGAGCUACAGAAUGGUUGGGUAGAAGUUUCAUGGUCUAACGGUACGUCCAAUUCUUACCGUAUGGGUGCUGAUGGCAAAUUUGAUCUCAAACUUCUAGAUGGAUCAGAACCUUCUUCGUCGUCAGGCAACCAACUGACCACAACACUGGUUGUCAUGGAGGAUCGACCAUCUACUGCUGAUCCRGURUCCAUGUCUGACUCGGAUUCUAGCAGAGAAGUGUCACCAMGAAGCGAGUCAGAAUCGUCUAAAGUGGCUCCUCUUGAAGACAACUUGUCAACCUCUAACCCGUUGGUCCUGGAAGGRAUCGAGAGUGARUCRUCCGCUGCGGCUGCUAUAGUAACYGAUGAUGGAGUAUCAUUAGAGCUUGACAGGGAGGUUCCUAUAGAAUUACCAACUAGUCCGGCUUAUGAAUGUAACAUCUAUGAAGACAUUCCUCCACGCAGCUCACCAGGCAAUGUCAUGAUGAGCGAAGAAGCUGAAUUCUCCGUCGUUACAGCUGACGAGCCUGCCUUGGUAGAAGAACCAUCAUCCACUGCUACAUCAACCAGUGUCGAAAGUACUAUUAAUAGUUUAUCUGUAGCUGUGAGCUCGGCAAAAAGCUUGCUUAGCUUGGCUUGUAGUACAGCCAGCAACACACCCACAGCUACACUACGACACAUGUCUGACAUCGAAAGUUUACUGAGCAUGGUUCAAAACUCCACCGUAUCACAGUCAGGAAAUCGAUCGCGUGCGUCGGAUAUCGAAGCCGAGGUGUACGAGGCGGUCCGUUCAUCGGGUCUGCUAGCAGACUUGGAGGAUGAAGAUGAUCUUCCAGAGCCUGACGAAGAAGAAGAGGAAGAAGACGAYGAUGACGAAGAGAACGACGAGGARAAUGAAGAUGAUUAUGGAGAGAUGGAAGAAGAACCAGAACGAACUGGAACUCGACGUCGUACAUGGGAUGAYGAGUAUGUACUAAAGAGACAAUUCUCAGCUCUUGUGCCUGCAUUUGAUCCACGACCUGGAAGAACUAAUGUUCAACAGACACAAGACAUUGAGGUUCCUGCACCAGGCUCCCAAGAAACAGCAACGCAAGAAGAUAUAACUCCACAACAACCUAACCUGAUUCUUACUAUACGUGGACCUGCUACUUUAGGGUGUCCUGAGGUCGAAGUUCCUCUUGAUAACUCAUCGUCCACYAUCUUYWCCUACGUCCAACGUGUGGCACUAACUUUAGGCGGGACUAAAGCAGAACGAAUUCGACGAGUCUGGGAACCAACAUACACGAUCACUUACCGAGAAUCUAACCUACAAGGAGACCAGACAUGGAGAGAAAAGGAGAGUAGCAAGAAAGACCAUGAGACUCCAGUUCAAUGGACUACGACGUAUGUAGAGCACUUCCUCGGAACCGACGAACUACCGAAAUGUGAAGUGAUCGCGUUUUUACAACGACAUGCUGAUGCUGCGUUUUUGAGAAGAUGGAAGCUGACAGGUGCGCCGAAGAUGAUACGGAAGAACAGAAAUUGCUCUCAGCUGGUGUCCGCUUACAAGGAAUUCACCAAAAAUGCSGAAUCGUCGUCGUCAAAUACACUAAACAGUAGACCCAUAACUAGUGCACCUAAUAAUGCCAAAGGUGACAUGGACGCUAUAGCAAACAUACUGCAACUACUUAGACURCUGUACUCCAUGUCCUCAUCGUCAGCACAACACUUUGGAGAGGAAGGUGAAGACAAGUAUGGAUUUAUUGUUGAUCCUGAGGACUUUAUAAGCAACAAGCUCACAACAAAACUAAUGCAGCAAAUUAUGGACCCGUUAGUAGUAUCCAGUAAUGCUGUUCCUGAUUGGUGUGAAUAUCUAACCACCACAUGUCCAAUGCUGUUCACCUUUGACACUAGACAACUUUAUUUCUCUUGCACUGCAUUUGGUUGUUCACGAGCGAUAGUGUGGCUUCAAAGUAAACGAGAGACAGCCAUGGAACGAAACCGACCCAGUACUUUUAGACGAGACGAUUCACACGAGUUUAAGAUAGGACGUCUCAAACACGAGCGAGUUAGGGUACCCAGGGGAUCAGCCUUCUUUGAAUGGGCCACGGCUGUGUUGAAGUAUCACGCAGACAGAAAAUCUGUGUUAGAGAUUGAGUUCGAAGGUGAAGAGGGAACUGGACUUGGUCCAUCUCUUGAAUUCUACGCUCUCGUUGCCGCUGAGCUGCAGAGAAAGGGCCUCGGGAUGUGGGUCUGUGAUGAUGAUGCAAACGAAGAAACUGUCGAAGGAAUCGACAUUGGUCAUGGUGUACGCCCUAGAGGGUACUACGUACAGCAAUCCGGUGGUCUAUUCCCCGCACCCCUACCACAAGAUGCCCCGGAUACAGAAAGAGUCGUGUCAUUCUUCACAUUACUAGGAAUCUUUCUUGCUAAGAGUCUACAAGACAAUCGUCUAGUUGAUAUWCCAUUAUCAUURUCAUUCCUMCGCUUAAUGUGCUCUGGAGGUGUUGCCUCGCAACAUCAGCUCGGUCUCCUAGGAUCUUCCACUUCGCAACAUAGYAUAACCUUAGAGGACUCUAUGUGUCCACACAGUGUUGGCGGUCCUUCAGAUACCACCAACGAACUAGACCAACCCAGUGUAGAAGAUAAUCAAAAUACUAUCAAUAAACUAGACUCACACUUCUCUAAGGAAGACGAGCUGAUCAAGGACGAAGAGUUAGCCAAAGAGGAAGAAUCAGAACUGAAGAAGAAAAAAGAAAGUGUCGAAGACGUGUCWGUUAUUUAUYCUGGUUCUUGUUGGUAUCAAAAGUUACUWGAUUUGAACGAUUUAUCCACAAUAGAUCCAGUAAGAUCCAAAUUUAUUGAGAAUCUCAAGCAGCUUGUCAAUCGUAAGAAUGAGAUUCUUCAGGAYGARACUUURUCGAACAGCGAAAAGAAAGCUAAAUUACAAAACUUGAAGCUCAAGACAUCUACUGGUGUAGAGUGUAACCUAGAAGAUCUCGGUGUAUAUUUGAAGAAUGUAUGUUAUUCCUAGUUUGUUAUUUUAAGAACAAAAUAAAAAUAAAAUAGAUAGAAUUGAAAAGAAUACAUAGAAUCAAAUGUUGAUAUUGAUCCGGCUUUUUUCAUCGAUAUGUAUUCGAAAAGUAUUGCUCUUUAAAUUGUUUGUUUUUAUCAUAACUCACCUGGUAGUGCACCCAUAUUUGAUUGAACUACUGUGACCCUUAUAACCAUUAAAAUAAAUUUGCGAAUUCAA